AUGAGCAUGCUCCUAGCACGUCGAGCUCCUGCCGGUGUGGUCCUCUCGGUGGUCCCCGAGCUCCGUCAGGUCAUUCUGCGAGCUCUCCAUUCGGGAAGGCCGUCGUGCGCACCGAUGCCUCAAUCGUACUCGGGCAGACCAGACCGCUCUGCGCCUCCCCAUACGGGCCGUGAGCUCUAUCCCGGUCCGGGAGAGCAGCGGGAAUGGUCUGGAGCGCCCAUUCGUAGCGGCGGACGCACCAGUACGGGACGAGCGGGCGCUCCGCCUGCCAUGGGAUUCGGUCUCAAAUCCCCCGUCGCAUCAUCCAGCCCCGGGCGGACGGCGCCUACAUCCUCCAGACGUCUUGCAGAACUGCCGGAAAGGAAGAGCUUGCCUACCAAGGUAGCGCAUGCUGCCUUUCCAAGCACUGCGCCAGCGGGGAAGGGAAGAGACCGGCUCGACUUCCUCAAAGCCCUCCCUCGCCCAAAUGCUAGUCUCACACAUUCGGAGGUCACGGCGGCCAAACCCCAUCCAUUUAUCGACUAUCCGCUCAACGAAUCACUCAUCGGCGGUCUAUCGGGUCUUCUGACUUCUGGGGAUGGCGGAGCACUUCACACCACCCCUAUCCAGUCCAUCUCCCUCGCCCGGCUCCUCGAGACCCCCUCGGAUGCCCUCCUUGCCGCUGAGACCGGCUCGGGCAAGACUCUGGCGUACAUGCUGCCACUCCUCCAUCAUCUCAAACUCACCGAUACCCGCUCUCAGUCGCGUGCAGACGAUUCGGUCCUCCCACCGGUCCUGUCGGAACUCUUUGGCGAAGCCUCGACCCCUCAAGCGAGGUCGGACCAGCUCCUCCCGCGCUCACUGGUCAUCUCGCCCACGCACGAGCUUACCCGUCAAUCUACCGGCGUAGCCAAGGCGCUGUGCCAUGACGUCAAGCUCAGCGUGGUUGGGAUGAGCAGUACCAAAGAGGCUGCACCGGGCGGAGGGCGGAAAGGAGUGGUAGAUGUCUUGAUUGGGACCAGCGGCGGGAUGCGCAGGAUGCUGAGUAUCAAGAAUAAUGGAGACGAUAGUCAAAUGCGGGACUCGAGGAGGGAGCGGAAGACGCAGCGGGAUGAGGAGGACGAGGGUGAGGAGCAUGUUGAGGAUAGGCGGAAUCGAGGAAGCAAGGGGGCAAGGGUCGGACUGGGGCAGGUCGAAUGGGUGGUCAUUGACGAAGCGGAUGUCCUGCUGGGCCCGUCAUUCAUCGACGAGACAACUCAAAUACUGUCACUCCUGCCCGCACAAACCCGCAUCAUCCUCUGCACGGCAACUCUGCCUCCUUCACUCCUCACAGCCAUAUCCACUCAUCCUCUCCUCCGCACCAGAGACAUCUCCCAAUUGCUCGCUCCUGGCCUUCACCGACUGCCACCGGGCCUCAAGACCCACUUUGUCGGCAGCACGGGCGGACAUCUUGCCGCUACGGUUGUCAAGGAGGUCAAGGACGCGUUCGCCGAUGACGCGCUGGAGGACCGCACACACGCAAGGAAGGCGGAUACUGCGGGCGCUCCGGGUAUCAGGAUGGCGAAGUCACGAGCCGUCGUCUUCUGCAACACCGACAUGCGGGCGCGGGAGGUGGCCAGGAAGUUCAGGGAGAAGGAGGAGAGCAUUGGGGUACUGGAAUGGACGUCCGGCGGGGAAGGGCGGACAAGAGGGAGCCAGGGGGACCUCGCGCCAUUCCUCCAGCAGCAACGUACCAAGGCGGGCCAAAUCGAGCCUCCUUCGUCGGCCCCAACCCCUCGCGUCUUGGUCACCACGUCACUCCUCUCCCGAGGUCUCGAUUUCAACUCGGACGUCCGAACGGUCGUCCUGGUCGACGCUCCUCGGGACACGCUGGACUUUGUUCACCGAGCAGGAAGGACGGGUAGGGCAGGGAGAGGCGGAAGGGUCAUCAUCUUUGGGAUGGGGGAUAGUGCCGGAGGCUCGCGAGGUGCUCAGGGGAGAGGUGGGGUGGGUAAGGGUGUGGCGGGGGUCAUCAGGGCAGGUGCGAGGAGGAGGGACUAG